GCUGUUGGUAAGACAUGUCUGCUGAUCAGUUACACAACUAAUGCCUUUCCAGGGGAAUAUAUCCCGACUGUAUUUGAUAACUAUUCGGCUAAUGUGAUGGUGGACAGUAAACCUGUGAACCUAGGAUUAUGGGAUACAGCUGGACAGGAGGACUAUGACCGUCUGAGACCACUUUCCUACCCACAGACUGAUGUUUUCCUGAUUUGCUUUUCCUUGGUGAGCCCAGCAUCCUAUGAAAAUGUUCGAGCAAAGUGGUUCCCAGAGGUGAGGCACCAUUGUCCCAGCACCCCUAUAAUUCUUGUGGGCACCAAGUUGGACUUGCGUGAUGACAAGGAAACCAUUGAGAAGCUUAAAGAGAAGAAGCUGGCACCAAUUUCUUACCCCCAGGGUCUGGCAUUGGCCAAAGAGAUUGAGGCUGUGAAGUAUUUAGAGUGUUCAGCUCUCACACAACGUGGACUAAAGACAGUGUUUGAUGAGGCAAUUAGAGCUGUACUAUGUCCACCACCCACCCGGACCAAAAGCCCCCAAGUGUGUCUUGGUGUA